CUCUCACACACUCUCACACACACACUCACACACACACACACACACACACAAAUACACACACACACACACACACACACUCAGUCUCUCACUCUGAAGAAGUGCCGGAGGCUCUAUUCUGCGAGACUGUGAUUAACCCCUCUUCCCCUCCCUGUCUUCCGUCUACCUGCACUCGUCUGGACUUGCGUGGAGCGAGAGACAGAGGAAGAGAGCGAGAGAGAAGGAACGAGAGAAGAGAGAGAGACAGAUUUUCGUCAAUACCUCCCCCAAAGAUCCUGGAACGGAGACACACUUCCUCGGUUCCUUGCAGAAGAAGGACGACCGGCACCUUGGAGACACCUGAGGAAUUCUCUGCUGCUACCCUUUUAUAGUGUGUGUUUUAGUGAUGUGAGUGUGAAUAAGUGUGUGUAUAAGUGUGUGUGAGUUUGUGUGAGUGUGUGAGAGUGUGUGUAUGUGUACCUCAGGAGUAACUGACACCUCUUAUUUAGGUGAUUUAGGGAUUAUAAGACGUCUUGCGUGUGGACUGUUUUGGAUGCUUGGACGCUUUCCGGAGGAGGCAAGUGAGUAGAGGCUUCUAUUGGGGAACCCAACAGUAGCCUGGGUUAUAUAGUGUGUGUGUUUAAGUGUGUGUGUGUGUGGGCACACACGUUGGAACCUCAAAACUCUUCAAAAUCUACCUACUGAUAUUAAACAGCAACAUACGGUAGCCUGGAAUUUACUGUAUAUUUACUAUGUUUUUGGGAAGGUUUGGGGCUUUUUUGGAUUUCUGAGGGAUCUGCCAAUAAAAAAAACCAAUACACACUUUGAGACAGUGGAGUAUGAACAGUGGACUUGGUUAUUUUUAACAUCUGGAUUGGGAGUUGCAAUUGAAGUAGUUCAAACACCACUAGCCUGGAAUUUACUGUAUAUUUACUACAUUUGUGGACAGUUUUUUGGACUUUCUUGGAUUUCUGAGGCACCUGCAAUUACAAAAGUAGCUGAUAUUCCAGACAGACACACUUUGAGACAGUAGAAUAUGUAUUUUUUUAUAUCUGGACUGAGAUUUUCUAUUUCAAGCCUGCAACACUAGCGUGGAAAUGUGGAAAUGUGUUUUUGGGCAAGUGUUAGACCUUCUUGGAUUUCUUGGAGUGACCUUCCAAUACAAAAGAAGGUGAAAUUCCAGAUUGACACUCCGUUAGACAGUGGAUUAUGGACAGUGGACUUGGUUAUUUUUAACAUCUAGACUUAGAGUUGCCAUUGCACGGGUCCAAGCUCCACUAGCCUGGAAUUUACUGUAUAUUUACUGUGUUUGUAGUCAGGUGUUGGACUUUUUUGGAAAUUCUGAAUGACCUGCCAAUAGAAAAAAGCCAAUUUGUCAGACAGAUACUUUUGAGACAGUGGAGUGUAGACAGUUAUAGUUCAUAUCUGGAUGGGAAGAUGCAAUUUCAAGGGUCCAAGCUGCCGUAGCCUAGAAUUUACUGUAUAUUUACUGUGUUUUUGGGCAGGUAUUGGAUUUUCUUGGAUAUCUUAAUGACCUGCUAAUAGAAAAAAAACAAGGAAACGUGGUUGUACUUCAUGUGUGGACUGAGAGUUGCAAUUUCAGGGGUCAGAGAACACUAGCCUGAAAUUUACUCUGUGUUUUUGGGCAGGUGUUGGACUUUCUUGAAUAUUUUAGUGACCUGCCAAUACAAAAGAAGCCGAUUUUCAGACAGACACUCCUGAAACAGUGGUGUGUAGAGAGUUCUGCUUCAUAUCUGGAUUGGAAGAUGCAAUUUCAAAGGUCCAAACACCACUAGCCUGGGAUUUACUCUAUGUGUUUUUGGGCAGGUGUUGGACUUUCUUGGAUUUCUGAGUGACCUGCCAAUAGAAAAAAGCCAAGAAUCUCCUUGAGACAGUGGAGUAUGGACAGUAAACUCAAUUGUUUUUAAUGUCUGGACUUGGAGUUGCAAUUCCAGGGUUUUAAGCGGCACUAGCCUGGAUUUACUGUGUAUACGUUGAUGCGUGUGGGAAGGUGUUGAUCUCUUUGGGAUUUCUAAGAGAAUUUCCAUUAGAAAAUAAAUCUGUAUUGCAGACAGAUCCUAUAACUCUGAGAAAUGCACACAGUGGAUCCCAAUAGUAGUAACAAGUAAACACCACCCCGCUGUAUUACUGAUAUAUAUAUUUACUGUAUGUACUCGUCGUACGUUUGCGUGGGUGAAUAGUAGAGGAUGUCGAGGCCGUCUCGUCUGACCCGGCCGUCCUCGGCCGCUCCCGGCUCUAAGCUGCCGUCUCCCCGGCGCGAGACGCCGUCCUCCCGCCACAGAUCAUCCCAGAACGAUAAACUGAUGCAGACGGACGCUGAGGGCAGCCUGUCUCGUCACAGUCCGUCUGCCAACGGAGCUACACACUCUCAGAGGAAGAGUGAGGAAGAGUCCGGCCACCAUAAGAGCAGAAACAACUCAUCCAGAGGAACCACAGCGACCCUAACCCAGCAAGCACCUGGCCAUCACAAGCCGCUAAAAGGUAAUCUAAAGGUGACGUCUCCAGAGGACGCCGAACACCUGCACCGCAAGCAACCUGCAGGGGGCGCCGCGUCAACCGGCGCGUCCGCUAACGGGCCGGGGGUACGCGGAGACCCUAAAGGCAGCCGGGCGGGGGUGUCCCGCCGACACACAGUGGGAGGAGCUCGGAGCUCCCGGGAAAUCCUCGCCAUGCAGCCGUCAGAUAUGGACAAGAAGAGGGAGGCUUUCCUGGAGCACCUGAAGCAGAAGUACCCUCACCACGCCUCCGCCAUCAUGGGUCACCAGGAGAGACUGCGGGAACAGACCCGGAGCCCUAAGCAGGGCGCGGCGUGUCCGUGCCCCAGCCCCGUACCCUCCUCUCUGGGGGAGCAGCUGGAGCAGGGCUCCCUGAUCUCUCUGGACGCUCUGGAGGUCAUGUCGGAGUGCGACGCCCCGCUGGGGUUCACCCGCGGCUCACGCUCCCGCGCCAGCCUGCCCGUGGUGCGCUCUGCCAACCAGACCAAGGACCGCUCUCUAGGUGUGUUGUACCUGCAGUAUGGUGAUGAUAUGAAGCAGAUCCGGAUGCCGAAUGAGAUAACGAGUGCAGAUACAGUGCGCGCUCUGUUCGUCAGUGCCUUCCCCCAGCAGCUCAGCAUGAAGAUGCUCGAGUCCCCCAGCACCGCCAUCUACGUCAAAGAUGAUAUGAGGAACAUGUACUACGAGCUCAGUGAUGUCAGGAGUAUCACAGACCAGGCCUGCCUCAAGGUCUACCACAAAGACCCAGCUCACGCCUUCAGCCACGGAGCCAGACCCAGCAACGGAGACGCCAGGAUGCACAGAGAGGUGAUGUACGCAGCACCACCCCUGAUGCGGCAGCACUCGCUGGGUCCCCCUCCACCCCAUGCCAUGCAGGGUCCGCCCCAUGCCAUGCAGGGUCCCAUGUCCCCCCCUACCCCUCACUCCAUGCCUCCAUCACCCUCACGUAUCCCCUUUGGGCCUCGUGUCUCAGGAGGAGGAAGCACCACCAUGCCCCGAGAAAGAGCAGGACACAACCUGGCAACCCCCACCCGCUCCGCCUCGCCCUGCGCCAGUGCCAUCCUGGAGCGACGCGACGUAAAGCCGGACGAAGACAUCGCAGCCAAGAGCAUGUCUUUACCUGCACGCAACGAAGGCCUUUACGCCGACCCCUACCUGCUACAGCACCCGGACAUGGUGGACCACGGCUUCCACCGUGUCCCCGUCCGUCCCUACGGCCCCCCGGGGACGCCCAUUGAGCCGCCGGAGCACCACUCGCUGUUCCGACAGAAGAGCCGCAAGUACGCAGACAGCCAGCUGCCCACGCUGGGCUCCAAGACUCCGCCCCCUUCCCCACACCGGAUGGGUGAAAUGAGAGUGAUGGACAUCCAUACGGGCCAAUCGCAAGCCGCCGCCGCUGCCGUCACCCUGGAAAGGUCUUCACCCGUGCGGCAGUCCUUCAGAAAGGAAGCGCCCGUCUCAAUGGAUAUGGUGGUGAAGGGUAGAGGCGUCAUGGCGUCCCCUGUGACCCCGGUGACCCCUGUGACCCCUGACCUUCAGGCUCAUGGUCCAGUAGUUCCAUCAGCAGACCCUCUGACACGAGAGAGAAUGAAGGCUAUGGAGGAGCAGUUGGCCAGUCUGACUGGUCUGGUGCAGCAUGCUCUCCUGCAGACCCCCAGCUCUAACGGCUGCAGCGGCGGCAUGGAGCAGGCCAGUGAUCGGUCAGUAAAAUCAGGGUCACCCGUUCACAGCACGUCCAGCGCAGGAAACUCUCCGGUACUCGGACCCAAAAGUGCUGCAGUCCCACCUGAGCGAAGCCCCGCCCUGACUCCUCCCCUCAGCUCCGCCCCUCUGCAGGUCAACCUUCACCAGUUCAGAAGAAACGUCUCAGAUCUCCGUGUUCAGCUGCAGCAGAUGAGACAGAUACAGCUGCAGAAUCAGGAGUGUGUGCGAGUUCAGAUGAAGCAGGUGGAGCAGGAGAUCAGCGCUCGUCUGUCUGAAGCUCUGAGACGUCAGGAGGACCCGUCUCACCGUCAGAGAGCCGCGGUGGAGGAGGAGAGACACGCGUAUCUCUGCAUGGAGGAGAAAGUUCUCACACAGCUGGGGGAUCUGGAGAGCUAUGUGGAGUCUCUGAAGCGAGAUUGGAGCUCAGGUUUAGGUUCCAGAGUGAGUCUGAAGGAGGUGGAGGAGGGAGCGGUCAGUCUGAGGAAGGUGGGCGAGAGCCUAGCAGGUCUUAAAGGAGAGUUUCCAGCCCUGCAGGGACGGAUGCGGGCCGUGUUGAGAGUGGAGGUGGAGGCGGUGAAGUUUCUGAAGGAGGAGCCUCAUAAACUGGACAGCAUGCUGAAACGAGUCAAAACACUCACCGACUCCCUCAGCACCCUGCGCAGGUGCGCUACAGAGGGCUCUCUCAAACCUUCAGAUGUUUCCACCACAUCAUCUACACCUACAGCAGAUGGAGUAGAGUCAGCGCCUCCAUCUGAACUCCAGGACACGUCCAGCCCCCCCGUCACCGAGCUCCAGACCUCCUCCGUUAAAUCAGAGCUCAUCAACUCCAACCCCACGAUCAUCCACCACGCCCAGAGUUCCCCCGUUCCCCUGCACCAAUCCCAGCAUUCAGCAGGGCCACCAUCUUCAGCCCCGCCCCAGCCGGCCCGAGACUCCGCCCCCUCGCCCACAAAACGCUCCGGCAGCCCCAGGCAGCUCAAGAAGCCCGGCCAAUCCCAGCCUGAGGCCACACCCCCAUCCAGCAACGGCGUCAGCGCCGCCAACGGAGCGUCUCCAGGCCUGUUCAUCGAGGAGAUCACCAGCCACGGCAAGAUCAAGAACAGAGCCACGUCUAUAGAGGCUGCGGAGAAAGAGUGGGAGGAAAAGAGGCACAAUAUCAGUCAUUAUGACGGGCGGGAGUUUCAGAAGGUCCUUCAGGAGGCGGAGGCCACCAUGCUGAGAGGAAUACCCAGCCUGGAGGCGGCAAACGAAGGAGAAAACUCACAGAAACCUGCAGUGGAGGAGACGGUGGAGAGACCUGAACCUUCAGCUACUGCAGCACAAGAAGACAGUCAGCCUGAGCCCCCCACUCCUGAGAAACCCUCAAAAACGGGUCCAGAAAAAGCCCCCAAACCACAUCCAGAGAGAGUAGCUAAAGCAGCGGGUCUGGAGAGACCCCCCAAACCCGGCCUGACCUCCAAAACCAGCCUGGAGAGAGCGGCCAAACCUCCCGAUAAACCAGCCAACAAAUCCCCCCCUCCACCCCCACCCCGCCGAAACUACCCCACCACCACCGGCAUGACCACCACCCGCUCAGGAGAGGUCAUCUACACCAGCAAGAAGGAGCCUGCAGCUCCACAGGAGGUUGAAGGAGAUCCUCAGCCUAAACUGAAGAAUCCUCCAGAGACCAAACCGAAGCCAAUCACUCCUCCCCCCGUCACCGCUUCCUCCAUCCCCGAGGAGGAGGACGAGGGAGAUAAAAUAAUGGCCGAGUUACAGGUUUUCCAGAAGUGCUCUAAUAAGGAUUUAGGGCUGAAAGGUUUGGUAGAGCCUCAGAUCAGAGAGCUAAGACCCGGGGCCUUACUGCCCCUCAGAGAUAAGAAGCAGAACACAGAAACCCAGGAAGAGAAAUAUCUGCUCACAGAUGAGAACGGAAACAACACAGUCCGUCAGAGUCCAGGGGUCAUCUACUAUGUCACAGCGCAGAUCACCAAGGACACAUCGGAGGAAUCGGCUGAUAGAACUGCGUCCCAGCCUUCCCCAUCACAGGUCUCACAUGUCAAUGCUUCUGAAAAAUCCCAAAAGCAGCAGCAGGUAUCCACAGAAGGAUCGUCUGGUAAAACAAAGAACAAAGUUCCAGAGAACACAUCCAGCCUUCCCAGUGCUCUUCCUCAUAAACAGCUUACUCGUCCGAGCUCGCUGAAGUCAAAACCCAAAUCUUCCACAGAAGAAGGCCCUCUUAGUCCGACCAGGGGAAAGGUCCACGUGGUGAAGGCUCCACAGGUUCAGGUUAGCGUAGAGGAGAAGGUGGAGUCUCCAACUUCAGUUUGUUCUCCAGUUUCUUUGGGGAGCUUUGACCCGAACCUUUUCCAGGCGAACACCAAUCCUGACAAGCUGUCAAACCUGAGUUCGGCCAAACCGCAACCCGUGCUCGGUUCUUCCAAGGCAAGGGAUCGGAAAUACGAAGACGUGGAUGAUAAUGACGACUGUGAAGCCUUUCUCAGUCCUGACUUGCCAGGAGGCGAACCUCCGCCUCCACCUGAUAAUAUUGCCUUCAUGAUCACAAACACCAAAGUGCAGGCUUUAUCCACUGGAGAGUACCAGGAACUUGUCAACGCCAAGAGAGGCAAUGUGCAAACCGUUACAGUAGGCAACAAACCGCAAUCCAAACAUGGACCAAACAGUAACAUGAGUCCUGGAAGUGUCACGAACAGCAACGGAUCAGAAGAGAUUGAUAGUUUCGGAUUUAACAAAAAGCCUGUCAUCAUCAUAUUUGAUGAGCCGAUGGACAUCCGUUCAGCCUACAAGCGCCUCUCCACUGUCUUUGAGUGCGAGGAGGAGCUGGAGAGGAUGCUGGCUGAGGAAAGGAUAGAGGAGGAAAGUGAAGAAAAUGAAGAAGAGGAAGACAGAAACCGAGAACAAGGCGAUAAAACCUAUUCGGGGAAGGCGUCAAACGGUACAUCAAACUCUUUCUUGGUUGGUGGAGACAGUCACAUCAGUCACAUCUCCUCAAACUCUACAUCAUCGCCUCCACAACCACAGUUGUCUGAUGAAGGAGAGCCAACAGAUGCAAACGCUGAUGCCAAACAAGACGCGAAGAAGAAGUUUAAGUUCAAAUUCCCUAAGAAGCAAUUGGCAGCCUUGACGCAAGCCAUCCGCACUGGUACCAAGACAGGCAAGAAGACCUUGCAGGUGGUGGUGUACGAAGAUGAAGAGGAGUCUGAUGGCACCGUUAAACAACACAAAGAGGCAAAGAGGUUUGAAAUUGCUCGUUCCAAACAGGAAUCAUCAAAAUCCGAGAUCUCCUCUCAGGAAUCGCAAGGGCGAACGGACGAAAUCAGAAAGAGCACCUACAAGACCCUCGAUAGCCUCGAACAGACCAUCAAACAACUGGAGUCCACCAUCUCUGAAAUGGGGCCAAAGUCUUCCGAGGACCAGCACCAAUCUGAGAACUCCAGACCUCGGGAAAGAGAAGCUUCUUAUAAAGGAAUUCCUUCGAAAACCUCGAGUCCCAAACCUUCCCUCUCCAGCAAAGCUCCCAGCCUUCGGAAGAAACCCAAACCGCAACUGCUUCCACGACCCGUCGUGAUCCCAACAACGGGCGUGUCCAUCGCACCAGCUCCUACCCAGCAGAAUGCCAGUGUGGCCUCGCCCACUAGUCGGAUGCCGGUGCCCAUGUCUGCCAAGGCCAGGCAGCAGCCGGGCACCUCAGACAGAGAGAGGGCAACAAAACAGCAAAAGCUUCAGGACUCAGGACAGAGGCAGUUCCGCCAGGCUAACGGAAGUGCUAAGAGAUCUGGAGGAGAUCCCAAAUCCACUUCCUCUUCCACUUCCUCUUCCUCUAAAAUCCCCGCUUUUUCCUCUAGCACAGGAAAAGGUGCAUCCCAGUCUGACGCUACUACUAACCAGUUUAACCCUUCCUCAAACGCCCCUUCCUCUUCCUCUUCCUCAAACAACUCCUCCAAUAGCAAGUCUUCCAUCCCCACCCCUCGCUCUAUCCCCGCCCCUUCCUCCCACAUCCCCUCCCUCUCUAACGGCUCUCUGAAGCUUGCUCCGCCCACUCACAGCACUAAAGGCCUCUCCUUGUCCACACAGACCCAAAACGGCCGACCUUCCUCCUCCUCCUCCUCCUCUUCCUCCUCCUCCCACUCUCCUCUGUCCCCCACCAUGUUGACUCAGGGUGUGAAGAGCAUCCGAACCAUACACACACCCAGCUUCGUCAGUUACACACGGCCGCACAACGGGAACGCUGGGAAUUCUGGGAAAUCAGCCAUCCCCACCCCCACCGCCGUCGCCAAGGAGGCUUCAUAGAGCAUUCGCCCACCGCCAACCAUCAAUUCCCUGUGUCUUAAUGAGAGGAGAACUCUUUAAGUGUAUUAAAACAUGAUAAAGAGUAUUAACUUUUGUUGGAAAGCUCACCUCCGCUCUCCUGCAGCUUUCUGAGAUCCAGCUAUUUUAUUCCAUUGGUCCAGACAGGCUAUAAUGGGUUUUAAUGGGGCAUAUUCUUGCCCUGUAAAGCAGAUAAAUCGAUUUUUACACUGUUAUCCAGCUUAAAGUAGCUCCACACCUCAUCCGGAGAGCCCUGACAUUUAAAACAAGGCAUUAAGAACAAUAAAAAAAAAAUCAACUUUUAUUUUAACUUGGGAAUACAUUAAGUGUGACCCUUAUUUACAAUUUUUAUGUUAAAUUCAAUUCAAUUUUAUUUCUAUAGUGCUUUCUACAACAAAAUUUGUCACAAAGCAGCUUUACAGAGAAAAACAGGUCCACGCCUCUUAUGAGCAGCACCACAGAGAGGCUGAUUAUUGUUGAAAAACUACCUUAAAUUAAGUGAAAGAAACCUUAAUAACCCAGGAACCAAGACUCAGUCAGUAUCAAGCAGUCAUCAAGCAUUCGUUUACAGUAUAAAAGGGAUUGAAAACAUUUAAUUAGAAAUUAAAAAUAAUUAGGAACUUAAUAGUAAAAAAAAUAAUAGUGGAAAUUUUAAAUCAACAUUUAAUUAUAAAGGAAUAAAAAAAAUAGAAAAUUCUAAAAAACAAAAACCAUAAAACAAAUUGACACAUAAAAAAUAAAGAUUUUUAAAAAAUAUAUAAAGCAAAUAAAAAGAUAAUAAUAAAUAGUAAGAGUAAAGUAAAAUGAUAAGAAUGAUAUUUUAAAUAUCAGAGCUCUCCUGAUUCUACCAAUAAGGUUUGGAGCUACUUUGAGCUGAAUAACGGUGUAAAAAGUGAUUUAUCUGCAGGGGCAAGAAUAUGCCCCAUUAAAACCCAUUCUAAAACCUGUUUGGAAAAAUUAAAAUAAAAUUGCUGGAUCUCAGAAAGCUGUGGGAGAGCGGAGGUGAGCUAUCCAACAAAGGUUACUGUAGUACUCUUUAAAAAAAAUGUAUACACUAAAAGUCAAUUUUACACCGGAGUUCUCCUUUAACGAGGCAGUGUUGCACCUCAGUUGUUGCUCAGUUCAGUUUUUUUAUUUUUUUUUUAUUUUAUUGUUUUAUUAUGAUUAUGAUUAUCUGUUGCAUUUAUUGUUCAGAGUGCACUUUGUUUUUUUUACAUUCGUUUCAAAAUUUUCAUUGUUUGUUUUUAUUUUUUUCAUUAGGCUUCUGCUGUUAUUCGUAAAAAAAAUACUAUACUAUACUUUUGGUUCUUUUUUUAAGUGUUUUUAGCGUUAGCAUUUGAGCAAUCAUAAUUCAAUUCAAAAUCCCAUUUUGAACUCCUUCAUGCUUGAAAUCUUGAAAUCAUGCUGUGCAUCCUGUUAAUACUUAUAAAUACUAAUAUUAAAAAGAAAAAAAGAUAAAAAUAAAGAAAAAGGAAAAAAUAAUAUUUCGUUGAAUUGUACAUUGAGAUCUCAGAUUGUUCUGUUUUUUUUUUUUUGUUUUUUUUUGCUACAUUUGAUUACGUAUAUUAAAAUAUAUAUAUUUUUAUUAUUAUUAAGACAAAAGACUAACCUAUACGUGUAAAGUACGUAUAAAAUAAGUGUAAAAAUAAAGUGUUUUACUUUUAAAUAAAUACAGUUUAAAACUGAGCGAACAUACUAUAUAUUUUUUUUCUAGAUUUAGUUUUAUUUUUUGUUUUUUAACUUCACAGACGAACAUUUGCAGCCAUGGUGUUUUUUUAAUUCUGUAUCUAUACUGUACUGUAACUGUAGAUGAUUUAGGUUUUUAGUAAAUGAACAUUUUCUAUAAUUCAGUUCUCUUCACGUUUCACUGCCAGUGUCUUUAGAUUAUUCCUAAAAAUCCCAGAAUCUCUCUGACGAUUUUUCUUCCUGUUUGCCAAAGUUUUUCAUUCUUAUUUUUCUUUAUAUACCGUUAGAAACUGGAGAUGUAUAUUUAAUAUGAUUUAUCACGGUUAUGACGAACAGCGCGGCAAUACUCUGUAACUGUACUGGAAGACCACAGCUCUUAAUUUAAUAGAAAUGUGUGUAAUUAAAAAAGCGUGCUGUAAUGAUCUGUACUAUCCCUGUAUAUACUGUACCUGCUCCUCAGAGAUCUAGUCUAGUUUUGUUAACAUAUUGUACCAAAGUUUGUUUCUAUGCAUGCCUUUCUGCUACUGUAGACGGACGAGUGGAGAGAGAGAGAGAGAGAGAGAGAGAAAUACGACGCUUGCACAGAUUAAUUAUGUAAAUAUAUGUUUUAUUCUCUCUCUAAACGUCUGAAGCUUUAAAAACGAUGCAGCGGUAAAUCAGCUGUGUAGGUGUGGCAUCAAUAAACGUCUGCAUGUUUGUCA